AUGAAUAAUAAUCAAAUACCUAAUGAAGAAUCUGAACAAAUAAAUCUAUCUAAUCGAAUAUCAUUAUCAAAAAUUCUUGAAACAAAAGAAAUUCUUAUUUUAAAUCAAGUUCCUAUUCAACUUCAUUCAGCUCAACAAGAAAUAAAUAAUUUACGUCUUUUAAAUAUUUGUCUUCAAUCAACAUUAAUUCGUGUUCAAACUCAAUUAAUUGAAUAUUUACCAAUUAAUAUUCAUGAUGAAAUAAAACGAAAUGAAAUAAAACAAAAAUUAAUUUCAUUACGUCAAAAUGAUGAUCAUAGUCGACGAAUUAUUGAUUCACAACAAAUAUCUUUUUUUCAAAUAAUUGAUAAUUUUAAAAAUUUAUUAGAUAUUAAACAAAAACAAGAACAAAUUAAUAAUAAAGAUAUUUCAUUAAUAAAAAAUGAAAAACAAAUUGAUAUUUUAUAUGAAAUGUUUCAUGAACUUAAUACUAUAAUACAUACAGAACAUAAUGAUAGAAUUUGUCAACUUUAUAUUACAUUAGCAGAAACAUCUCAUUCAGUAAAUCAAACACAAGAAAUUCUUGAUCAUACAAUUCAUGCACAUAAAAUUAUUACACGACGAAAAAUGAAACGAAAAAUUUUUUUAAUAUUUAUUGCAUUUAUUUUCAUUUCAAUAUUUAUAUUUAUUAUUAUUAUAUCUAUUCGAAUACAUUAA